UUUUUGGACAUCUUUCGGCCUCUGGUGGUCGUAAGUCACAGGAAGAGGCAGUGGACGGCAAAAAGUUACGUCUCAAAAAAACAAACACAAAACAAAAAUAUAUAUAUAGUUUUCAGUCGAGUUCACUCGGGGUUCGCUGAACAUAUUUAAUGAUCAUCUGCACAUAAAGAGGAAUGAUUUAAUCCUGCUUUUAUAUCUGAUGUCAAACGUCGCGCGCUUGAAUUGGUCUCCACUUCCGCGUACAAUGUUUUUUUCCAACGGCAUACGACAACUUUAGAACAGGAAGCCUUCAGAGGCGCUUGUCACUUCGUCUCACCUUCUUGGAGGAGCUCGGUUAACUGGUGUUGGUGUCACCUACGACAGCAUGGAUUAUGAAGACGCCCACAACGGGCGCAGGCCGUCAGGAGCUCAGAGUUCAAAUCCAGCCAUGAACAUAAUUGGAGCGGAGGAUGAAGACUUUGAGAAUGACGAGCAACCUAUGGUGGAUGAUCACUGCAGUCACUUUAACAGCAUUGAGCUGUUGAAGUCCAGGCCCACCCACCUACUGGUCUUCAUUCAUCAUGUCAUGUUACAGUUUGACUGUGCUCCUUUGCUAUGUUACCUUCAUGCUGACCUCUUCAAGAACUUCAAUGCCAAAGACACCAAGAAGCACUUUGUGGAAUUCUACAACACUUUCCUGGAAAAAGGAGCGAUUCUCAAAGUACCUAUGCCAAAUUACAUCGCCUAUGAACUGGAUCGCACGCGUCCAGAAAUGAUCAGCGAAGACCAACAAAAAAAUUAUGCUCGUGAAACACAGUUCAUGCAGAGUACAGAGAUACUGCGGCAGCUAGACGACUUCAGGCAGAAGAGGAUGAUGGGAAUGACCCCCAAUGAGCGUGAACUAAAUGAUGUGGAAUCCCAUCGUCCAACCGACCGCAUCCCCAUGGAGAUGAAGGAGAAGGCUGUAGCUGAAUCCUUGCUGGAAAAGAUGGUAGAAUCCAACCCCUCAAUUGUUGCCGACAAGGACAAAAGUAACUGUGUCUUUGGAGCAGUUGCCUUUUAUAUGAAGCAGCUUGGUGUCAAGACCAGAGCACUUGACAACAAGAAGACUAAGUCAGGAUGGCGGCCCUCUGUCCCUUCCGUGCUGAAGCCAUGGGGAACCAACAAAAUCAACAAAAUAGAUAAAAAAAUUCCUCCAUUCUAUGAUGGUAAGCAAACUAGAUUGGACUUUGAAGUAAAGCCAAACAAAGGAAAUGCCCAAUCUCAUCGAGUGUCCGUAAGCGAUAGCGGUGCCACUUCAGGGCGGAAACUUGGUGUGGCGGUGUCAGGUAGCACGCAUGGCUCGGAGAGUGAAGAAUUGACCAUCAGCGUCAGUGUGACUCCUAGUCCUGACUCUCAGAGUGACACAGGUGUCAACAACAAUCGCUCAGACCCCAAACCAGAAGGUGGAGAUGCAUCUCCUGUCAGUACUGGUGGGAGUCUCUCCAUCUGUGAACCUCUCUCUGUCAUUGACAUGCUUCCAGAUGAAAGUCUGGAUGGAAGCAGAAAGAAGACAAGGAAUGUGCGCCGCAGCGAGAGCCUUUGCGUGGAGCGCCGUCACUCUCGCCGUAGUGGCUCUACCCGGGCCAAGCAGUCUCGCUCCCGUAGCGAUGUGGACCUGCAGUCAACCUCUACCUCUCAACCCCUCUCACCCUCCCCACAGCAUUCAGUCUCUGCGGAAGGUGGAUUGGUACCUGACGGCCUCGUCACUGAUCCUGAAGUUAGCCCCUUGCCUCUACAGGAGGAAAUGGAGCCCCGUCUCCUGGAGCUCGAGCAGGACCCUCCCAACUGGAGGGGCCUUGCUUCUUCCGAGGACCUGAAAAAACUGAGCAAGAAGGAAAUCAAAAGACAAGAAGUCAUCAAUGAGCUGUUUACGACAGAGCACGCUCAUGUUCGUAUGCUGAGUGUAUUGCAGACUGUGUUUUCUCGUCCGCUGGAGAAGAAUGAUAUUAUGAGCAUAACUGAGCUGGCCACCAUCUUCCCCAGCCUUGAUGAGAUCAUAGAGAUGCACUAUGCUUUUUAUGAAAACCUGAAAAAACAGCGGCAGGAGGAUGAGUACAUUGUCAAAAAUAUUAGCACGCCACUUCUCAACAGGUUCAGUGGAUCAGAAGGAGAAUGGUUUCAGAAGCUCACCGCUCGCUCCUGUAGCUACCAGUCCUGGGCUCUGGAGCAGAUAAAGAACAAACAGAAGAAGGAUCCCCGUUUUAAUGCUUUCAUACUGGAGGCAGAGAGUAAGCCACAGUGUCGGAGGCUACAGCUGAAGGAUAUCAUUCCCAUAGAGAUGCAAAGACUAACCAAGUAUCCUCUCCUGCUGGAAAAUAUUGCCAAGAACACAGAUGAUGAAACUGAAAAAGACAACAUUAACCAAGCAGCAGAAUCCUGUCGUAAGAUCCUCAACCAUGUCAAUGAAGAAGUCAAACUCAUGGAGAACCUGCUGAUUUUGAAAGACUACCAGCGCCGGCUGGACACCUCAGGUCUGAAACCGAGCAAUGACCUCUACAGUGAGUACAAGAACAUUGAUUUGACCACCAGAAAGAUGCUAUUUGAAGGACCUCUGACAUGGAGGGUGACCAAGGAGAAAGCGAUCGAUGUCUACUGUGUUUUGCUGUUAGACAUGCUGGUCUUGAUUCAGAAGCAAGAUGAUAAGAUGCUUUUGAAGUGUCAGAGCAAAAGCAACAUCGCCGUUCAGGAAGGCAAACAGAUGCUGAGUCCAAUAAUCAAACUAGAAUCGGUUUUUCUCAGAGACGUGGCCACUGACCCGAAGGCCCUCUAUGUUAUCUUCACCUGGGACAGCGGAGCACAGAUCUAUGAACUAGUGGCUCAGACCCUCGGGGAGAAGAAAAAUUGGACAGUGGUGAUUAAAUCUGCGGUUGAAGAGUUGAAGAAGAGAGAUGGGAAUAAGCUGAAAAGAGAAAGAGGUGGCAGCAUGCCCAGUGGACCUACAUUCCAUUUCCAGGGCCCUCUUAGCCCAACUGAGAAUGGAGAAAACCCUUUGAAAAGUCGCGGCCGAUUUAAAGAAAGUCUUACUGAUGAGAAGAGUCGAGAAACUGGUUCUUCACUCAUAGACUACCUAGCAACCAAUGGUUUUGACCUGCUCAGCCAUAGCCACGCUCCUCCAGAGAAGUCUGCUAUUGGUGCUUUGGAUGAAGUCAUGUGUUUGAAGAGGCUAUUGGUCGGUAGUAUUAGUCUGUCCGAUGACUCUCAGACUCCUGGGGAAAAUGGAGGGAAGGCACCUGAAAGCCAGGAGGCAGAUGGAGUGGAGGAAUCCAGCACAGAAGAAAGUACUGAAGGAGGUGAGAGUGGGGGAGAUGGAGGGAAUAAAGGAGAAGAGGACAGAGAAAUCACCGCUCCUCUAGUGCUUUCUCAGGAACGCUUGGAGGAGGUACAGAGGAGACUGCAGGCGCUUGAGGAGCAACUGAAGAGACUGCAGACUGUCGAGGAGGACCAUCAUAAGUUGCAAGAAACUCUUGCGAAAUAUUUACUUCAUGGGGGCCAUUACAACUGAGAAAAAUCACAACCUGCUGUUACAAGAUCACUGUAUGUGCUGGACUCGAGACUUGCUUUGGAGGGAUUCUCUGAUUGACUAAUUCUGCCUGAAUGUUCCUGCUCUAUCUCUUCUCUCUUCUCAACUGUCCUUUCAGAAGAUUGUCAGCAGGCCUCCAGCACUUUCCAUGCCACUGAGAAAUGAAAUGAAGUGGGUGUUGUGAAAUUAUAGUGAUCCUUAACCUUGAAUGAGUGCAUAUGUGUUUCUUUUGAGAAGUAUGAGAGACAGCCUUGCCAAAAGAUGCCAAAGAAAUGUGCAACACCUAGAGAGAUUCCAGAGCAAAUGCUACGAGUGAAAGCACUGUAACAUACACAAACAUGCGCACACACACACACACACACACAACGAUAAACCUGUCUAAGCAUGUCAAAAGUUAUUUAGUACCAAAAGAAUAUCUAUAUUCAUAGAAAAGUAUAGUUGAAUCUUUGUCUGUUUCUCAGAAUCUACUUUAGUCAGGUUUUUAAUAAGGGUAAUUUAAGGAGAAUAUGUGCCCUUUCAUUUUAUUUUAUUUUACGCAUUUCAAGAUGUUUACUCACCCUAAUAAUUAUUACCGUUCUAUAUUACAUGUAUUUUCAAAAAUAAUAGAUAUUCAAAAGAAGAUAUGUCACCAUUGUAGCAUGCAUUGCAGUUAAAACAUGGAUUUUUAAAAAUUUUAUUAACCCUGUUUUAAUUUGUCUUCUUACCAGAAGUUCUGUUGUUGCUCUGUGAGUGAGAAAAGAAGUGCUAAGUAGGAUAGAUCAACAGAUGGAUGAGCAGAGGAAGUAGAGAGAAGGCAGAGGAAGGUGCGCUUGUUUUGUUAUGCGUAACCCCUCUGAAGUGAAAUCAAGGCAAGCACUGAUGUCAAGAAAUGUCAUGAGGGUUUGACAUUGUGGGUGUGAGGAAAUAUGCACAUAUUAGGUAGUAUUUUGAAUGACCAGCUCACAGGAGCAUCCACACGUCGGUGCCGUUAUAACAUGAAGCAUGCACCGUGUAUAACGUUCUCUAACCCGGGUGUUGCAGAUUGUACUCUGGUAGGUUGGCCCAGAUUGUAUGAUAAUCAUCACACAUUGCCUAUUUUUGUGCACUAUGCAAAUUCUGUUACUGUUGCUAUAAAACUUAUCGGUCAUUUCAGAUAAUUCCGUUUUUCUACCUUUAUAUACUACAGUACAUUUCUGUAAUUGCUUGUCAUUGUUUCUCAGUUUAUUUUAUUUUAGGGAGUAGUUUUCUGUGUAAACAGGACCAAAGAAAUUAUAGUGGGACAAAGUUUAUAUAUGACAACACUUGCAUGGGAAGGUCAAUUGUCAAUUGGAAUAACUUACUUAAUGUUGGCCUUAGCUGCUGGAUCAACCCAGAAAAAGAUGAAGUGGAUGAAUUGACUUAUAAUCCUAUUUAAGACUGAAAGAGUUAAUUUGGUUCAGAACUGAACUGCAGUAUGAGUAAUAGAGAAAGGAGCUUGAUUCUCAUUAUCAGUCUCUCCUGCUCUCCUUAUCUAAUUAUGAAACCAGACCACAGACAAUCAGACACUUGCAGGGGUUUAAUAUGAUGUUAUAUCUCAGAGUUCAGAGACCGGAACACAAACUGUAGGUUUUUUCCACCAGUACUGUAAUUAUUUUUAUGGAUUCAUGAUGCUACUGCAACAGGUCUUUCUACCCUCGACUGACUUCCAAAUUUUUGCAGCUUAUUUUACCUUAUUUGUUACAUUAUGUGAUUUUACAUUCAUUUUUAAGUUGUAAUUGUGUUUAGAAUAUCGAUUUCUGUUAGGCCUUGGUUCCUUUUCCUGCUGUUUUCCUUUCGUAAAAUGGUUUACCAGAACAAUUUGCAAGAAGUCUUGCAUUCUGGUCCUAGUAAAUGUCAGAAAGACCUUUUGUUCAUUUGCAUAGCUUUAUCCUUUUAGAAAAAACAAAUGAAACCGUUUAAAGUUUGGUAAUGAAACUAUCAUGGUGCAAGAUCUGUUCUGCCUACUUCACUUUCCUUCAGCCCUUUUUGCAUGUGGUUUAUUAAUUUCCUUUUAUUCUGUUCUUUUGGUUUUCUUACAAAGUUAUGUAAUUACCAUAUUAUGCAUUGCUUGUUAUAAAAGAAGGACUGAGAGAGACAAAGUACACCCUUAACCAGAACAACUAUAAAAGGCUGAAUUUCACUUUUAUGGCAAGAGUCUUAUUUUUGAUGUGGAACUAACCACAGCUUAAAUUUGAUUAGAAAGUGUGUUUGAAAUUGAGCCUUCAACUCUUGAUAACUGAUAAGACAGGGUUUUGGGUGUGGUAUCAUUCUCUCUCAUUCCUUGAACUUUUCAUAUGUAUCUGUCACAUAUAUCUAUACAUAGUGACAUAGCUGUAUGUUUAAAUCUAUUUAUAGGGUGCCUUGUGCAGAUUGGGUGUGUUUUAAUUUCUAAAGGACUCUUUUAGUCCAGAUGACAGGCACGGGCAUACUUGCCUUCUCCUCAUUUAGCGAUGUUCAGUGUUAAAUAUGAAUCUGAUAUUUUGCUCUAGACCCACCAGAUUAUAGCAGUUCCACUCAUUUGUUGUUCUUAAACAUGGCCGAAUUUAGUACUGAGUGCUCUUUGUGAGAUCUUUUAAACCAUCUUUGAUGUACUUCUGUGUAAAGGAGUCCACUCAUUACAGGCAUUCCAUUGCUGUCUGUCUAUAUAAAUGAUUAUGCAAGGACUAUUCUGUGUAUUUGGGCUUUGAUUUUAUAUGUAAGAGACAUUAGAAAAAUGUAGGUACGUUUUUUUUUAUUUGAUUAUUUUUCCUUUUUUUUU